UAAGUUGAUUGCAUUAUUAGAGUGCAUAUGACGUCCAUAUGUAGUGUAGUAUUGAAUGUAUUGAAUGUAUUAAAUAUUUUGAAUGUUUUGAAUGACUCGUUAAUACAUUACUUAAAUUGAAUCCAGUAUUUGAUUAACAAUUUUGAUUGUCAUUCAAGUAAUGAUUAAGUGAUCAUUAGGUGAACUUCGCCAUCGGUUGUGUCCAAUCAAGUGGUGACCAACACUGAUAAUAAUGACAAUGAGUGAAGAGAGACCACCCAUUUGUUCACAACUCAUAUUUCCUAUACUUUUGCGACCAAUUCUUCAUAAGGUUGAAAGACAUGACCCGAUGGCCGCACAGAUAUUAAUGAAUGCCAUAAUUAAAGCCGAGACUCAAGAACCGGGACUUUUGCUUGAAAUUGUGAACAGUAUUUUAAAACGAAGAGAUUUAACUGUAAAUAUGACGGAAUCGUUACUCAGACUUCAGGCACAUAUACCUGAAUUUGAUGACCAAAAGUGUAAACGACAGGAUGAACCCUUCCAAGAGUUGAACCGAAAAACAUAUUCACUUAAGAAGAUAUUGAGUCGAAUACCCGAUGAGAUCAAUGACCGCAAGACUUUCCUCGAGACGAUUAAAGAGAUAGCCAGUGCUAUAAAAAAACUCUUGGAUUGUGUCAAUGAGAUAUCCAAUAGUUCUCAACAAACGUCUUCAACAGAUAGAACAGCUCUCGAGAAACGCAAACGAGAGUUCAUUAAGGAUUCAAAAAAAUUCAGCCAAACUUUGAAAGAAUUCUUCAGAGACGGACAAACACAACCGGUAUUUCAAAGCGCAGCCCAACUAAUAUAUGCCACGAAUACUAUUCAAAGAACCGUUAGAACAAAGUUUGAUUUAACGGUUAAAUGAUAUUUAUAU